AUGAAGAAGCCGGCUAAUUUGGAACUGGGUCUCCUCUUAGGCUUAUCGAUUUGGCUCGCGGUUUCGCAAGAAGCGCACGGACUGAGACCCAUAAGGGAGACCGCUCGAUCCUGGGGUGACCAGUGGCUCUAUGGCAAAAAAGAAGAAAACGGGGCAGGACCGUUUGCUGCCUGGAAUAUAACAGGAACAUAUAGAGGCAACUGGAAGUUUCUUGAUACCGUAAAUAGCUCUUCAAAGUUCCCAGACUUGAGAAAAGAAAACGGUAAUUCUGUCGUUGAGCUAGUCACAAGUCCAACCAAGAUCACUGGUGUGCAUUAUGUUCAGGGUGCGGUUGUUUUCCAUGAUGUAUUUGACAAUGAACACAAUGUGGGAGGUGCUCAGAUAAAAGUGGAAGGUGUUUAUAUCUGGCCCUUUAGGCAGCUCCGUCUUGUUGCUUAUAGCGGGAAGAAGACUGAGUCAGGACUAGAAGACGAUUAUCUUCUCUCCAACCCUUAUCACCUGCUCGGAGUGUUUUCCUCCCAAGUAUUUCAAGAAUCUCCAAGAGACAGAAUUUUGAAACACAAGACUUCUCCAAUAUAUGAGAUGGAGAAGCACUGUAAUAUCGAAAUUGCAGCUCAGAUAUCACAAGCCGCUUCCAGUGAAAAUAAUGGGGAAAAAGAAUAUUAUCAUAUCGAAGGAUUGAUGGAAAGUCCUGCAGUAGAUGAUGACGGAGAUUGUUUCUCGCCCUUGCUGCUCAAUGCAACCUCCAUAAACGUUGAAGUCUACUACAACAAAGCUGUCAACUAUACGUUGAUGGUCACUUUUGUCUCGUUCCUCCAGGUUCUUUUGUUGAUCCGGCAAAUGGAGCACAGUAACACACAAUCCGGUGCUGCAAAGGUCUCUAUUGUAAUGAUCGGGCAGCAAGCCAUCGUGGAUUCUUAUUUAUGUCUUUUACACCUCACAGCCGGGAUUUUAGUUGAAUCACUUUUUAAUGCGUUUGCAACAGCAGCCUUCUUCAAAUUCGUAGUGUUUUCGAUAUUUGAGAUGAGAUAUCUGUUGGCCAUAUGGAAAGCAAACAGGCCUUCAAACAGUGGCGAGGGGUGGGAGACGAUGAGGCGUGAGCUCUCCUUCCUCUACAGCCGCUUCUAUGGAAUCCUUCUUGGAGGCAUAUUGAUUAUGUACGAGUUCCACAGCUACAUGCGCCCAAUCCUCCUUGUCAUGUACUCCUUUUGGAUUCCGCAGAUCAUUGCAAACGUUGUUCGUGACUCUAGAAAGCCUCUGCAUCCGUAUUAUAUCUUAGGGAUGACGGUCACACGGCUUGCUAUACCCUUGUAUGUUUUUGGAUGCCCCAAGAACUUCAUGCGUGUAGAGCCCAGCAAGGCCUGGUGUUUAGGUCUCUGCGCCUUCAUUGGCUUCCAAGCUGCUCUUCUUCUUCUUCAGCAUUAUUUUGGGUCACGUUGCUUCAUCCCUCGGAAGAUGCUACCUGAGAAAUACAGCUACUACAGAAGAUUUGAUCAAGGUGUAAACAGAAGCAGGGACUGCGUCAUCUGCAUGGCCACGAUUGAUGUCAGGCACCGUAGCAAUGAUUGCAUGGUAACGCCGUGUGAGCACUUGUUCCACUCGGGAUGCUUGCAGAGAUGGAUGGACAUAAAGAUGGAGUGCCCAACAUGUCGUCGCACACUUCCUCCAGCUUAA